AUGGAUUCCCACGUGGAAACCCCAUUCUCUGCGCAAGAGCACCUCCAAGACAACAAAAUCCACAUUCUUCUUGCAGCGUCCGGCUCCGUCGCCACCAUCAAAAUCCCGAAUAUCGCGGAAGCUCUCGGUCGCCAUCCAGAUGUCUCUAUACGUAUCAUAGUCACCGAUUCGGCCGAGCGAUUCCUCGCUGCGCAGAGCUCGGAGCAGCCCCUUCUUGACAGCUUGCGCAAUACACCGGGAGUGGAUGGUAUUUAUAGGGACAGUGACGAGUGGUCAAGACCUUGGAUUCGCGGGGCGCCAAUUCUACAUAUCGAGCUGCGGAAAUGGGCACAUAUUCUCCUGGUGGCGCCACUGUCAGCCAACACGAUGGCAAAGAUGACGAUGGGAAUGUCUGACAAUCUUUUGCUAUCUGUGUUGCGUGCGUGGGACACAACGGGUCUGGUGGACUUGGGAUUUAAGCCAAAGAAACCAAUGGUCUUCCUGGCUCCGGCCAUGAACACCGCAAUGUAUGUCCAUCCAGUAACGGAGAAAUCACUCAAGGUGCUACGAGAUGAGUGGGGGUGGAGUAGCUCCAAACCCGAAGGCUGGAUCACCAUACUUCCGCCCAUUGAAAAAUCCCUGGCCUGCGGAGACGCGGGAACAGGUGGAAUGAUGGAUUGGAGAAAUAUUGUCGAGGCCAUCCGAGAGUACCUGGUUCUCCCGGCGAUCGAUUUUUGA